AUGUUCAUUGUACAAGUGGUACGUGACUUCAAUGAACUCACGUACGCAGCGACCGAGAUGACACGCUUUUCAUGUAACCCGAAAAGAUAUAUGUGGGCCAAUUUACAACAACGCAAGACCACUUUCAUUCUCAUCUGCACGUUGUUCACCACGGUGGGGCGGUAUUUGACCACAAGGUUACGCUCGCAAGACAAAUUGAGAGCUGAACUGUUCGACUCGAUGCUUCAUUACCCGAAAUUGAAUGGGCUUAAGCCGAUAUUUUAUGGUUUCUUUUUUGCGCCUGGAAUUAGAACAGCGAAGGAGUUCAGAAUAAUAGGAAGAGCCGAUAGGGUUGGCGAAGAAGGUCAUAAUGCUGCUCAACAUGGUGAACCAUCCAUUGAGGAUCCUUUUCUGAAGUAUCGUGGGAAGCGGAAAGUUAACUGGGAAGACGUGGAUGCUUACAAAGCCGAUCAAGCACGCGUUGGUCCAGGAGAACAAGGUCGCCCCGUCACACUUCCAAAAGAUCCUAGUGUCGAAAGAGAAGCUUUGGCAUUAUACAAAGCAAAUGGUUAUAACGCCUACAUUUCCGAUUUAAUACCAUUGAAUCGUUCUAUGAAAGAUAUUCGUCACGAAGGAUGUAAAAGAAUGGAGUAUAAUUCACAACUCCCCACUGUUUCAGUGAUUUUUCCCUUCCAUGAAGAGCAUAACUCCACAUUGCUGCGUUCGGUGUACUCCAUUAUGGACCGUUCUCCUAAGGAAUUACUUAAGGAAAUAAUACUGGUUGACGACUUUAGCGAGAAGCCAUUCCUAAAGAAACCUUUAGAGGAUUUUUUGAAGCGCAAUCACCUUGAUAAACUCGUAAAAGUAGUCCGGACCAAAAGCAGAGAAGGACUUAUUCGUGCGCGGCAACUUGGCGCCGAGCAAGCUACGGGAGAGGUACUCAUCUUCUUAGAUGCUCAUUCAGAAGCAAAUUACAACUGGUUGCCGCCUUUAUUAGAUCCCAUUGUCGAAGAUUACAGAACUGUUGUAUGUCCUUUUGUUGAUGUGAUCGACUGCGAGACCUACGAAAUUCGACCUCAAGAUAAUGGUGCUAGAGGUUCAUUCGAUUGGUCUUUCAACUACAAAAGAUUGCCUUUAACGAAAAAGGACCGUGAGAAUCCCACAAAACCGUUUCCAAGUCCUGUGAUGGCGGGAGGAUACUUUGCCAUAUCAACAAAAUGGUUUUGGGAACUUGGCGGUUACGAUGAUGGUCUCGAUAUUUGGGGCGGUGAACAGUACGAGUUGAGCUUCAAGGUAUGGCAGUGUCACGGCCGAAUGGUGGAUGCACCAUGUUCUCGUGUUGCGCACAUAUAUCGUUGUAAAUAUAUGCCAUUCAAGAAUGGAGGGAAAGGUGACUUUGUCAGCCGAAACUACAAACGAGUUGCUGAGGUCUGGAUGGAUGAGUAUAAACACAACCUUUAUAAUCACCGUCCAGGCGUUUCGGACGCUGAUACUGGUGACCUUUCCAAGCAAAAAGCGGUGCGAGAGCGUCUGAAAUGUAAGUCAUUCGAUUGGUUUAUGAAAGAAAUAGCCUUCGAUCAAGACAAGUACUACCCAGCCGUGGAGCCUAAACCGUCUGCGAGUGGGGAGCUUCGAAACAAGGGAUCUAAUUUGUGUAUUGACACUCAGUUCAAACAGGCCAAUCAACGAUUUGGAUUGCGGAAAUGCAUGAGCGAUGAUCCGAACUCAGAAGGAGAACAGAAUCUUCGGCUUACUCGUUGGCACGACAUACGACCAGAAGGACGUACUGUGUGUUUCGAUUCGUCUAGGUCUGACGACAAGGCUCCUGUCGUAUUGUUUGAUUGUCACAGCAUGAAGGGUAACCAAUUAUUCAAGUACCGGACGGAAACUCAAAUGAUCUUUCACCCUGUGUCUGGGCAGUGUUUAUCUGCUGAGCCAGAUGGAUCAGGUUUCGUUUUCAUGCGGAAGUGCGACGAAAACUCUCCUACUCAAAAAUGGGUAUGGCAGGUUCUUGACAAACAGCUACUGGAUGAGCGACAAAAGGCAGAGCCUAACGAAUUUGAAUAA